CCAAUCAGCGUCUACCGGAGGAUCCGCGGCUGCUUGUACAGGAGUUAGCUUCACGCAGUCACAUUGCGCUUUAGCAUUUCCACGUUAAAUAUUUUAUUGUAAAUCAAGAAAUAAUUACUGGUCUCUAUAUAGAAAAGAACAAGUCGCGUCUGAACGACACCAAACUGAGGCGAUGACAGGCUCAAACGAGUACAAGCUAAACCAGGGACCGGAGGACAGCAUCUCUGCUGUUAAGUUCAGCCCCAGCACAGCUCAGUUUCUGCUGGUUUCCUCCUGGGACUGCACUGUCCGUCUCUAUGAUGUCGGAGGGAACACCAUGCGGAUGAAGUACCAGCACACAGCUCCAGUUCUUGACUGUGCUUUUUAUGACCCAACACAUUCUUGGAGUGGAGGUUUAGAUGCACAGUUAAAAACUCACGAUUUGAACACAGACCAAGAUACAAUAGUUGGAACACAUGAUGCCCCCAUUCGCUGCGUUGAAUACUGCCCAGAGGUCAAUGUUAUGGUGACGGGGAGCUGGGACAGAUCGGUUCGGCUGUGGGACCCAAGGACGCCCUGCAAUGCUGGCACCUUUACUCAGCCUGAAAAGGUGUACACCCUCUCUGUGGCUGGAGAUAGGCUGAUCGUCGGCACAGCUGGAAGACGAGUCCUGGUGUGGGAUCUGAGGAACAUGGGCUACGUUCAGCAAAGAAGAGAGUCCAGUCUCAAGUAUCAGACUCGCUGCAUCAGAGCCUUCCCCAACAAACAGGGCUACGUCUUGAGUUCAAUUGAGGGACGUGUAGCUGUGGAGUACCUGGACCCAAGCCAGGAGGUGCAGAAGAAGAAGUAUGCCUUUAAAUGCCACAGGCUGAAGGAGGAGGGAAUCGAGCAUGUUUACCCCGUCAAUGCCAUCUCAUUUCACAGUAUUCAUAACACCUUCGCCACAGGUGGCUCAGACGGCUUCGUGAACAUCUGGGACCCUUUCAACAAGAAGCGCCUGUGUCAGUUCCACAGGUACCCGACCAGCAUCGCCUCGCUGGCCUUCAACAACGACGGCACCAUGCUCGCAAUCGCCUCCUCCUACAUGCACGAGAAGGGCGACAUCAGCCACCCAGAGGACGCCAUCUUCAUCCGCCAAGUCACAGAUGCCGAGACAAAACCCAAGUCAACCUAAGUCUGACUUGGAAUGGUUCCCUCUGAAACCUUUAUCACAUUUGGGUUAUCUGCUGGCAUCCAGUGUACCAUUACCAUUUUGUCUGCUGUCGUUUUUUUAAAUUUCAAAAACAGUUUUUCUUUGUUGUCUGUAAUGUUUGUUAAAAUGUUCCCUCUCUUCUGUGGCUCUUGUUAAAUAUGUCUUUGUUUCAUGUAUGUUCUGACAACAAAAAUGCUACUUUUCUUGACUAAAACUAAUUUUAUAUAACUCUUUGGCAUAUUUUGUGUGUCCACUUUGGAGUCAUCAAGCAUGAGCUGAUUUUAUGGUCAUUUUUGUUGACUCUAAUGUUCAUACUGAAGCUGUCCUUGGAUCAGUCUUUUAGCACUGAAAUGAGUUUGACACAGGAUAAUAAAACAUUUUUAUCUCAAA